AUGGAAACCCCAAGAAAUCGCAAACAGCGCCGCGCGGCAGCUGGAUCUUCCUCCAAAAAAGACGAACCCGAAAUUGCCAUGGCCCAUCCCCAACGCAAUGAUCCGACCCAAAACAAAGCAACCGUCGAGCGCACACUAUAUGACAUCAUCGCAGAGCGACAGAGCGGACUGCGUCCAAAGGGAGGAGCAAUCCCAGCUUCAGUUGAAGCACAGGGCAUACCACCACAGUCAGGGGGCACGCGAUUCGUGACGGUCGACGCGUCCGGGGAAUUGGUCGACACCGACGGCGACAUCAGCAGCCAUCUCUCAAAUCCCUCUCAAAAGAAGAUCAAGAAUAGUCAAAAGGGUGCAAAUGGCACCACUGUCAAAAAAUUCGAACCUGAAUCCGAACCCGACAAACCCCUCCCGCCAUUCCUCGACACAAUCCUCCUUUCUCUGCCUCUUACAACCCUCCACCUCACACUGGGAUACCUCGCAGCCCACCAAUACGCCGAAAGCAUCGACCUGCCAAAACUCUUCAAAGAAUCCGCGACAACUGCCUUCCCUCUCCUCACUUUAUUCGUCCAUUUAGCACACGGUCAUAUCAUCUCCUUCAAGAAGGGCAGUUCAAAGGCAGAGCCUGCUCCUCUUUAUUUGUUCCCAUUAACAAGUGACAAAUUGACCUUUUCAUUCCUACGAAAGCUGGUUUUCCCACCUGCCCUGAAGACUCUCGUCUUUCUUCCUCUUGCUGCGGUGCUUGGCGCACAUCUUAUCUCUGUCACCAAUGGAGAGCCGUAUUAUGCGGUUAUGAAGAAGGCGCCUGCUGUUGGGACUAUUUGGAUUUGGUGUAUUCUGGAGUUAUCGUUUGGGGCAGCUGUGAUUGGGGCAUUGGGACCUUUGAUUUGGGGGGUAUGGUGGAUGGGGUAUGGUAUCAUUUGA